ACCUUGAGCGCUCACCGGGUUGCAGAGAACCAGAAGAAAGAAAAACCAGACGUUUGAAUAGUAAGACAAUUGGUAGAGAGAGAAAGCGAAGGACAUAAAUAGAGGUGAGGGGGGCUGAGAGGAGAGAGAGAGAGUGAGCGUCUCUGUGUGAGAGAGAUUGGGGGUGGUGGAGAGAAGUGUCCACAAUAAUUGGCAUCGAAUGCUGGAAUCGGGAAUCCCACUGAGUCAGAUUUCGAGAGAUCUGCUGCUUUUCACCGGCGCUAUUUAGGCCAAAAGGGGAGUUACCUUUCUUCGUCUGCAAUUCCGUUGGAGAGGGGCGAGGAAGCAGAGAGGAAGCAGGGAAAAGCUGGGCCGAUGAGAGGUUCGACGGAGGUUGUUAUAGCUCACGAGACUGGGCAGCCAUACCCCGACAGCUCUUACCUCUGUUUUUGACUCGUUCAACUUCUAUAAGAUUAAAAAGUUUUAGGAUCGUUACGAAUCAGAAAUUGCGCAAACAUUGGCGUUUUUUAGGGAAGCGAGCACCUGAUUGGUUUCCAACAUAAGAGUUUGUAAAGUUUUUGUUGUGUGGAAUGAAUUUGUGUUUCUGAGAUCUUUUCAUGAUGUAUGCGGCAGCAGAUUCGAAUAUGAACUUUCAACAUGGGGUGCUCCCUUCUUCCUUCUGCACUCAGCAUGUUGGUUCUUUUCAAACUGGGGCAAUAAGCAGCACAGCUGGUUUGGUACAAGGAGAGAUUAAUAGCGCUGCAGGCAUGAUGCUGGCUGGAAACUCUGGUACUUUGAACAGUGGAUCUUCGAUGUUGCUGGAAGGAAGUUCUAACGGAAAUUACCAUCUUGAUCUCCUAGCUGGUCUCAAGCAUGAUACAGGUCUAACAGCUGAUUGGUCCUACAAAGAACAGGCACUAUUGAGUCACGGGCUCAUCCAGUAUUCCGAUCAACCUACCAUAAUGAAAUAUAUCAAGAUUGCUGCCCUUUUGCCAGAUAAAUCUGUAAGGGACGUUGCAUUGAGGAGUAGUUGGAUGAGUAGGAAAGAAAACGUGAAACGCCGUAGAUAUGAAGAUUAUUCUACAGGAAGGAAAUGUAAAGAUAGGAAGGAAAAGAUGGGGGAUUCUUUCACGAAGGUGAAUAUACUUCCGUUUGGCCGCAAUGUUGGAUAUCCUUUUUUGAUGCACCAUGGGAACAAUAACAAUCAUUUUCUUAGUGAAGCUCCUAUCAUCGAUAAUGCAGGUAGGCAACUCUUAGAAGAAAAUGUACGAGUUUUGGGCCAAAUUGCUUCUAAUCUUGAAACAGUAAAGAUCCAAGAUAAUGUAAAUCUUUUUCUACGUACAAGAAACAAUAUUACAGCGAUUCUAAGUAGCAUGAGUGGAAUGCCAGGAAUAAUGAGUCAAAUGCCACCAUUGCCAGUGACCAUAAAUGAGGAUCUUGUUACAAGUAUUCUUCCAAGUCCAAGCCAA